AUGUCUAUAGGCGGCGAUACGGGGGUCUCUCCCCACCCCCUCAAGAUAUUCGAUGUCACUCGGAAACAGGACCGUUUUUUAUACGCCCUUGCGCCUAUGGUGCGGUACGGAAAGCUCGCCUUCAGACAGACGGUUCACAAGUAUGGCGUCGACCUAUGCUGGACUCCCAUGGUUCUGGCCAAGGAGUUCAACCGCAAUAGCUUUGCUCGGGAUAGCGACUUGACCAUCUCAAGCAAGCCCAACCAGCCUGCAACCAUCGUGCAGUUCGGAGCUAACGUCCCCCUCGAGUUGGCUCGAGCAUCUGCCCUCGUUGCGCCCGACGUCCAGGGCGUCGACCUCAACUGCGGGUGUCCACAGUCCUGGGCCUGCGCCGAGAAGCUAGGCGCCGCCCUGAUGAACCAUCGCGAGUUGGUCCGCGACAUGGUCGUCGAGACUCGACAGCGCCUGGCCAGUGACGGAUGGGGCGUUGGCCUCGAGGCUGAUAUGGAAAACCCCAAGGGCCGGAGCGUGAGUGUCAAGAUCAGGAUACAUAAGGAUCUGAGGCAGACCAUGGACUUCCUCGACACCGUGAUAGGGCAUCCUCAGAACCGUCUAGUUGACUGGGUUACUAUUCACCCAAGGACAAGAUCAACACCAUCCACCGUCCCAAUCAGAACCGAGGCCCUCGAGAUCCUGACGGCCAAGUAUGCUGGCACGCUCCCGAUCCUCCUGUCAGGAGAUGUCUUUGACCUCAACAGGCUCCCUUUCCAGCCCACAAUCACCACCAACAACGACGCUCCCUUGCUGUCCUUGGACAAGCUGGUCCUCAACGAUACCAACUCGGCCGUCAACCUGCCAAAGCCGAGCAACACCCACCUCUCCGGCUUCAUGUCCGCCCGCGGCCUGCUCGCCAACCCAGCCAUGUUCGCCGGCCACGCGGCCUGCCCCUGGGAGGCUAUCGAGACCUUCAUGUGCAACGUUGCCCGCGCUCCCCUCCCCUUCAAACUGGUGCAGCACCACAUCAUCGAGAUGACUGCCCCCGGGAUGGGCCCUGACAAGUCGUGUCUCCUAGAUAAAAAGGAGCGUGCAGAGCUCAUGAAGCUGACGAAUACAUGCGAGAUCAUGGACUUUCUCGAUGACAAAAUUGAUGAGAAGACAGGGAGAACUGAUGGCCUCAGGCGGGACCUAUGA